AUGGGAAACAUGAUGAGUAUGGGGGGCGGUGGCCGUACGGGGACAGACGAUGCGAGUGCCAUGGACACCUACGUCUCUCGUCUUUCAGAUGCCGAGAUUAAGCGCUACAUGGACGGGUAUCGCCGCAUAUGCCGUGUGGAAAAUAGCGGCUCUUCAUCCAAUCCGCCGUCAUCUUCUUUACACCGCGAAAGCAGCAGAAACGUAACGGCAGAAAUUGAAACGACCAACGGACCUCUAUUAGGAAAGAAACUGUUCCGCAAUAAAGUACUUGGUGCCUUUACAAUGAUCCCACACUCGCUGUCCGACCGUCUCUUUGACGUGCUGGAUACUGAGCGUUCGGGAGAGCUUAGUCCCGUGAACGUACUGCGUGGUCUAGCUUGGCUCAAGCAUGGCACUUUUGAGGAGAAAGUACAGCUGUUAUUUAUUAUUUAUGAUCUGGAAGGGGCCGGUGAGAUGUCGCGCGAGGUGUUGGACAGGUUUAUGGACGUUAUUUACGGCCGUUUGCGGUCUCGACAUAGCGACACCGUCAAGUUCUUGGACAGAAUUUUUGAUGGUCGAUUGAAGGUGAAUUUUUACGAAUUUCGACAGAUUGUACAGCAAAAAGAUAAACGAGGAGACGCGCUGUUAGUCAAAUGGCUGGAUGUAUUAGCUGCAAAGGUUGGCAUUGAAGAUGACCCGCGAAUUCUAGAACUAGAGAAAACCUAUAACCCGAUUGUGAUACGUCGGCGAAUUGCACAGGCGACGUUGUUUUCGUUGACAGAAGUCACAGCGUUGGAAAGACAGUUCCAAAAAAUGUUUGAUCCGAAUGGAAGAGCGAGUACGCGAAUAUUGAGGUCUCAGUUUGUAGAGGUGCUGAGCGCCAAAGGACUCUUUCCAAAAGAGUUACUUGAGAGGUUUUGCGCUUGUACAGCCAUCCAGGAUUUAGUGCUUUUCGAAGAGUUUUGUCAGUUUUUAUCGGAUUUCUGUCGAGGUGUUUCGAUCCACGAGAAGGUGCAUCACCUUUUUCAUAUUUAUAGUGAUCGGAGCACAACGAUGAGGGUGGACUUCGAUGCUAUGAAGGAUCUUAUCCGUGUGGGGAUAAAGUGUAAUACAAGUCAUACAAACGUUCAGGUAGAAGAAGAACGACAAAUCGAAGAGGUUUCAGCGACGCAGACUGCGGAGGCAGGAUGGGACGAAGAAGCAUUUGCUGAGUGGGCAUCCAGGGCUGUUGCUGUACGGAGGCUGCUUCGUCAGUUGGCGUUUGCAGCGUGCAUUCUGCUUGGUCUAAAGCCUGAGUCUGCCUACCUUGAAAAGAGGACUGUCGAGUGGCACUGGCGAGAAGCUACCUGCGGUUUUGGUGUAGGGCAAACCUGGAACUUGUUGGGAGCUGAAUGGUGGCGACAAUGGUGCGACUACGUUAGCUUGGAUCCACGAACUGGGAGUCCUUAUGGAUCACUACCUAUACCCCAAAUCCCAGCGGGGACUGUUGUAGAAGUGGCCAGGAACAUUCGGGGCAAUAUUGCAUUACGAGCCGCUAGCAACGGUGAUAUUAAAAGUAGUUGUCCACCUCGACCUGGUCCGAUUAUAAACUGGAGUCUUCUCAUGCAAAGUGGGUCCCGGCGUCUAAGGCAGAAGCUGGUGUUGGCUCGGGAUUUCUACAUCAUUCCGUCGUCAGUUUAUGCUGUUUUGUUUUCGUGGUACAGUGGAGGACCGGACUUGGUGCGUUCAGUCGUCGAGAUUUCUACAAGCACAGAACCUGAGUUUCAGAUCGAAUUGUUUCCGUUAGUAUUACGCGUUGCGCGUGUUGAUUCUGCCAACGGCAGUGUGAUUCGCUCUGGAGAAGAGAUUUUGUUAAGCGAAUUGAGCACACCAGCUAGCCUACUGCAUGCCACAUGCCGUGCGCUACUUUUGGUGAAGUUGGUGGACAAAGCACGGCUGUGGUACUUUAACGACAAGUCACCAGAACAUAAGAUACGCUUGCGCGAAGAGUGUCCACUUGAGUUGAAGAAACUGACACAAGACAGCGUAUUCUUGUUAGAAGUUCAAGAUGACGAUGGGUCGUGGCCACUCUCUCAAAUUGAUGACCCCAUCACUUCUUCGCCUUCCAAUACUGGCGACCGCCAACGAAUACAGGGAAGUGGCCAAGUAAGUGAAAGCGACGCGGAGGCUGCAACGCGAAAACAGCAGCGUGAGUAUCGCCCGUCAUUACGCACGUCUGACAUUUGUUCUCGCGGCAACCUCGGGGAGGUUUUGGCGCAGCGUGGUCCUGGAAGUGAUGUCGGUUCUCCGACAAUAGAAGUGGACCCCGUGCUCGCCUCGCCCGUUGUGAGAAGACGUUUUUCUAAGGACUCGUUUAAUGGCCCUGGCUUGGUUGGUCUCGACAAUCUUGGCAACACCUGCUAUAUGAGCAGCGCGCUGCAGUGUUUAAGUCAUACGCGACUAUUAGUUGAAUACUUCAGGAAUGAGGCGUAUCUUAAAGACAUUAAUCUGCGAAAUCGAGAUGGAACUAAUGGAAAGCUAACAGCAGCAUUUGGCGAAUUGCUUCGCGUUCUUUGGAGUUCUGGCCGCAAGCGUUUCGCCCCGAACGAAUUUAAAAAGAUGCUUGCUAAGUGCAGCCCGCAGUUUGCUGGAUCAGACCAGCAUGACUCGCAAGAACUUCUUGCGUGUUUGCUGAGCAGUCUUAGUGAAGAUUUAAAUCGUGUGGUAAAGAAACCGUACACGGAGCAGCCGGAUAGUGACGGGCGACCCGACGCUUUGGUGGCAGAAGAGUGGUGGCAGAAUCAUCAGAAACGUGAGUUUUCCGUGAUCGUUGCGCUGUUUACAGGCCAGUAUAAGAGCUUGUUGGAGUGCUCAAUAUGCCAGUAUGAAUCAGCACGAUUCGAGCCGUUUACCUUCUUACAGUUAUCACUGCCCGAGAGCAAAUCGCGGUCAAUUGUGCUGACUAUAAUCUUUCGAACGGAUCACGUGCCAUUACGAUUUUCGGUGCGAGCGCGAAAUGACGAUACGGUCCGACAGAUAAAAGAGCAGAUUGUUGCAUUUUUGACGAUGACAAAGAACGAAACUUUGGGCUUCGAUUUUUUAAAGGAUGAAGUUAACAGCAUAGAUGAAGGCAACUGGACAAAAGUGGUGAUUGCGCGGAUUUCAGAUUUACACUUUGUGGAUUCGCUUUUAGAUGAUAAACUACCAUUGACACAGAUUCACGAGAAGGACCAACUAGCCGCGUUUCAGCUUGAUCGCGAGGAAGACUUGCUUCCUCUGCAGCUGGUUGCAGGUUCUUCGAAUGCCACAAGUAUCUCGGUAGUCAGUAUGAUGAACCAAGCAACAAGUGCCACGAGUUCAAGUAAAGAAGUUGCAAUAGAGAAGAUCUUUAAAAGUCAGGAGGGGGAGGAGGACGCUGAACUUGCUAGUGCAGUCUCGUUGAAUGGAACUACUUCAGUCGAUGCAAAAGAAGGUCAAAGUGCAGCCGUUAACGAUCAAUCUGUUGAUGUGGUAGACGUUCGUAGUGACAGUGACCCAGAUGAUGAAAAUGAAGUGCUGCUGCCAUUAGGAGCAUCGGUCUACGUUCGUAAUGAAAAAACUAAGGAUGUGGUUGCAGCGCGCGUAAUUGGGAGCGAUGUCAGCUCUGGCACAAUUAAUGUCGCAUAUCCCUCAGGCAGCCGAAGGUAUCAUAUUCCAUUAUCGAAAGUUAUUGAACAUGGUCAAAGCGAUGCUUUCAUUUUCCUUGUGCAUCGCCGCGUAGAGCGGUCGACUGACAGCUUUACAAACGCGCACAUUACGCGACUUUUCGGUGCACCACUAGUCAUUCGCGUCUCUCUUCGUGUUACAACGGCUUACGACUUUUAUUUACUCGUUUGGAACCGAUUGCGGCGGAUUUUUAACUGGCGACAGCCUCCACUUGCGUCUGAUUUUGCAGGAGAAAAGCACGGUCGCAAGCGACUUCAGGCGGAUGCCUCGUCAUUAGCUCUCGGUGAACAUCUCCCUUUGACAAAGUUUGGAUUUUGCUUGCGGUUUGUCACGUCACAUGGAAUUGGAUGUUCUCGCUGUGAGUGGAUCGAUGGGUGUUUGGGAUGCGUGCUUAUGCCGUCUUCACAGACGGUUGUCCCACUCGCGGCCGAAGAAACAGUGGCGAUCGAUUGGGACAUCCGUACCCUUAAAGAAGAGUACGACCCAAUUCAAGCAAGCAAAAUAGACUGUGAUGCAUCUGUGCAACAGCAUCAGCGACAGGACAACCAGCCUCUCAACCUGGCACAUUGUAUGGAGAUGUUUACAGCUAAGGAAACCAUUCCCGAAGCUUACUGUGGUCACUGUAAGACGUUGCGUCCCGCUACAAAGAAGAUGGAUUUGUGGCGUCUUCCACCGUUGCUUGUGAUUCAUCUUAAGCGCUUUUGCUUUACGCAAGUAUCACGGCGCAAGUUGCAACACCUCGUGGACUUUCCGCUAAGAGGCUUACAGUUUGGCGAGUUUGUUGCCCGGAAGCGUGAGCCACACGGCCGACUUGCUGGUCUGGAAUAUUGGUUGUUUUUGGGUGGUAAACUGAAGACAGGGCCAACAAGUGAGCAAUCUGAAUCUCCACAUGUUGUUGGCUCAAAACAGGCAAGACCAGGAUCCCCACGUCGGGUGUCGUCAUCGGCAUUGGAUGCUCCUGCCGCAGGAACUGCAGCAGUCCGCGGUGACGAUGGAUUUCUCUACGAUUUGUAUGCUGUUGUCAAUCACGUAGGUGUGCUAGGAGGAGGACACUACUUUGCGUACGUGCUAAGCGAUCAUGAUGGGAAGUGGAAAUGCUUUAAUGACCAUCAGUGCAAAGACAUUGACGAGAAAGAGGUGGUGUCCUCGAUGGCGUACAUAUUAUUUUAUCGCCGGCGGGACACCACCCACAUGUCGAUUGAACAUCUUUUUCCACCUCUAUCAGUGGAUACAACUGGAAAUGGAGCGAUCACUGACAACGUGUCUGAUGAAAAUAAAAAGACACAGGUGGAGGAGCUGUUGGAGCAAUCGCUGGCUGCUUCAGGUAACGGGAGUAAUUGCAUUAUUAGCUGA